AUGGGCGACUUCGAAGUUCGUCAAUCCGAAUUUCCCAAAGCAGAUGAAACUAUAAACUGCGGAAAACUUGAAAAUUUAUACGAAGUAGUCACUUUGACUAGUUUUAAAUGCGAUAAUGAAAAUAUUACAGAUGUUGCUGUAAAUUCCACAACAAAAAAUGGAUAUUUAUAUUUUGCAACCAAUAAUAUUCUAAAAAUAUGUGAUGGGCAAUGUUUUUCGAACGUUAUAUUUAACAAGUCGUUUAAUUCCAAUAUAAAUAAUUUAUCGGUUUCUUCUAAUUCUCCGUUUGUGGCAUUGGGUACAGAAUCAGGACUCGUCGAAUUGAUAUAUUGCAAUGAGUAUCAAAAUUCUUCUAUCUUUUCAAAAUGCUUAUUAGAAAACUCUGUUCCGCAAAAUGUAUUUGCUGAAGCAUUUAUAUUAGAAGAUGAUUUGUCUCUCGUGGAUAAUUUUUUAGUAAUAUACCAAAGUGGCAAUAUAUUCAGAGUAUCUAUAAAGAAAGAAGAUGAACACGGGCCUUUCCAAUUUGAUGUUAAAGAACUGUUUAGUUUAAAUUCUAACAUAAAUUUAUCAGCAUUUAACUUCCCUUUUGUUUCUACGAAUGGGACAAAUGGGACAUUAAACAUAUUAAAUGUCCACACAAAUGAGAGUAUUUUUGAAGAUAAUUUACAGUUUAAGAAGAUUAUGCCUUUCAAAAGGGGAUUUCUGUGCUUGAAUUUUGAUGGAUCAUUAACGAAAAUAUGUAGUCUUACGCUAAAAUGCUCGAAAAUUUAUUACGAUUAUUUUUUGGACGAUAUUUUAUUGUUGCAAGACGAGACAAAAAUUCUCACUGUUACAAAGCCAAACGAAAUUGGAGAUUAUUUCUUGCAGUUAAUCGAUACAGACUUCAAGGAAAUAUUUUCGUUGAAAUUGAAUUAUCCUGUUCAUUUGAUAAGCACAAAUUCUACAGAAUACGAUAUCAUGUUCAUGUAUUAUAUCAUUGAUAAUGAAGGAAAAUUCAUCGAAUUCAAUCUACAGCAGGUAUAUGAAACUGAUCACGAAUCAAGAUACUCAAAACUCAUCUCUAUGGGAAGAUUCGAUGAAGCUGAAGCUUUAGCUAAAAAAUACAAUAUUGAUCCUUCGUUUAUGCUAAAGGCCAAAGCUCAAUUGCUUGUCGAUAAAACUGAAUGCAACUCGGAUGACAUUAGCAAAUUAAUCAGUUUGAUGGACUCCAUUUACGACGGUCCAUUUAAGUUGCAAUGCUGCAAUAAGGUCGAUUUUUCUCAAUUCAGCGAUGUUAAAAGGAUAUUGGAAUAUGGCUCAAGGAUUCAACUGAACUCGAGAGAAGAAAAAAAGGAGCAAAUUUUGUAUUUAAAAAAUACCUUAAACGAAUUGCUGUUUAGAUGCACCACAUUUACUGCUUUAUCCGGUAACAACAAGGACAUACAAUCUUGGCUGAAUUUUUCUCAGUGUAAUUUAUUAGACGAGAUCAAACAUUAUCUAAGAAAUCAACGUAUUGAAGAUGCUAUAUUACUAUACAGUAGGCUGGAUCAAGCUACAACCAGAACGAUAAAUCAAGAUUUUGUGAAUGAAAUUUUGAAUAUUUUUAACGAGUUCCAAUGGGAAUUGUAUCAGCCCUUUUUGCCAGUGUUUAUCCUGACGAGCGCGAUAGAAUGUCCAUCAAUAGUAACAGCGGUCAGUAAUUGGCUGUGUAAUAAAAUACUCGCAAUGGAAGCGAAAAGAAAAGAUUUCUGCGAGUACGCGAUAAAAAUCGUUCGUUACGUUAUCGAAAUUUUCAUCGGUUUGGAGCAAUCGAACGAAGAGGAUUACCAUCAGUUAACGCACUGUCUGCGAGGUUUGAAAAUCUUGCGGAAGCUGAAGAACGAAUUCAACGUGGGAGUGGAAUUGAUAGAUUUCUUAGAGGGUCCUCAGGCGUUUGUAAGCACCCUAUUGAAUCUACCGCUGUCGCCGGAAACCUACGAAAACGUUUUGAAAAAAUUCUGCCUGUCGUACAUGCUGCAACACAAAAUAGACUGCAACGAGAUAUUCGAAGAGAAAAUAUCCGAGCAUCUGAUCGAUUUCGACGUUAAAUGUCUGCCCUACGUGGACAUUUUACUGAGUCACAUCGAUUCGGUAGAUGUUGUGAUCCAAUCGGUUUCGGAAAUAUUGUUAAAAGCGCCCGUUCCUUGGGCUGGUGAAGUUAAAGCUCUGGCGUAUCGUACGAUGCAUAACUAUCGGGGCACGGAGAAGAUCAAAUACAUGUUAGCCAACGAAGUUCCUUAUUCGGUUAUAAACAAUCCUAACUAUUCGAUAGAUUUCAGAGACGGGUUCGACAACGUGAUCAACGGAAUGAUUGCAGUGGGUGUACCCGAAGUAGUAGAUGAUAUAUUUAAAUUAUGUGUGGUCGAUAGUGAAUAUGUUACAGCCACUCUAGUAUUAAUCGAUCACUUUGUUUUGAAAAAAUGUGAAAUCAACGAAGCCCUUUCGGUCCUAAAUAGGAACAAACCGGAUGUAAUCGAACUGUGCAUCGAAAAGAUCAUUUUGAAAGCCGAGCUUGCUUUUCAAGAUGGGAUUUUUGUAACGUCGCAAUUACGCAAUUACGCGACUUUCUUGGAACGGUUGUUGGAGAAAUUUCCGCAUGUGGACGACGGGGAAUCUUCCAUACGAGAAAUCGUAGCUCUGUUUUGGAUCAAUAAAUAUUUCAAGCUAAAUUUGUCAUAUAGCGAAAUUCAGGACAAGAUGAAUUAUUUGAAUAUAUUGGAAACAAUCAGCAGAAGUUUGUCUAUUGAUUCCGAUUUCGAUGAGAUCCUCGAGCACAGCAAACGCAUCGCUUACUACCUAUCGAAAGACAAAGACGAAGUGCUAAUGCAGCUCUGCGAUUGCAUCAAAAGGUUCGCGAUUAUAAUAAAAUCAGCCGAGUACAUGUGCGCGAAAACCACCAGUUCGAAAAACCAAUGCUUGAUGGCGAUGUUGAUCCUGAAAUAUUUGGGUUACGUGGAAACCGAGCCGGUGAACACGACAUUUUUCGAUAGCUGCGAUCAAACGCUGCCGAUUUUCAAUCUGUCGCCCGAGGGAAACGGGAAAUUCGUCAACGCUUUGAAACUGGCGGAGAAACUCAUCGGGGAAGCUUCGCUUCAAGACGACAAAGAUUUCGUCGUAUACGAUAUCCUCAUGUGGGUGCGUACUUGUUUCUAUUUAAUCAGGCCGCCCGAUCAUUUGAAAUCGAACGUUAUACCCAGCUCGACUGUAUUGAAAACCAUCAACGCCUGCUACUUGAGCUUCAUCAAGAUGAAAAAAACUUCAUACGAUUCGUAUUCCGGAUACUACAAUUUCUUCGCUUCGGAAACCGAUACAGACGAGGACAUCCACUCGGCUAUAAAGCUUAUACAAUCAUCGUUGGAUGUAUUUUUCCGCGAGAGCCAACAUCUCACGUUGUUCUCAUUGCUAUCGACGCUGUCUGUUUAUUUCGGUUAUUCGGACAACGAUGGAACUGCGAAAUUCGAGGAGACUUACCAAGCUGCGAGCCCGAUGUCCGAGUACAGUAGAACGUCGGAGGCCAAACGAGAGCUGGGUUGUAGUAAAUUACAAGAAGGGAACACCGUCGUCGAGAAUAUAAAAUUAAUUCGUAACAAAUGCAUUCGGGAAUUGAUAAAAGUGAUUGUGCUGCAAGAAAACAUCGAUACGGGUUUUCUGAUCGAUUUGUUCGAUUUCUUCGAUAAGGAUUGUUACAAAUAUCUUUUUAACUGUUUGAGUACGUUCAAGAGGGAUCCGAAGAAAUUGGAGACUCUUUCUAAAGUGGGUUUAGAACUUUCGGAGCUACACGGAAACAACAAAGGAAAAACCGCUAUGGUGGCGACUAUAAUAAGUUGUAAAUGGUGGAGGAAAUACAGUGACAUUCAAGAGAAAACUAGCUACGAUGAUUUCUUUAGAGUCAACGCUAAACUCCGGUUAAAAGUGCUGUUGGAAUUGAACGCGAUGCAAUUAGAGGAUAUCCCCGAAUAUUGCCUCGAUUACGAAUUGGAACCGGAAGUUUGCUAUAGGGAAUAUUUGAAAAGCUUGUUAACAAACUUUAAAACCGAGUAUGAAAUAGAGGUAGACGAUGAGGGCAAAAGGAAAUUGAUUAUAAAAACUAGCAUCGAUGAUUUUUUCAAGAAGUGUAUGGUCGCUUUGGAUUGUAUCAAAGAUAAACAAAAAAUGUUCGAUAUUAUGGAAGAAUUGCUCCAAAAGCUAAACUUUUACUACUACGAAGUAUUUAUCACGAUAUACCGAAUACUAGGUGCAAACGAUUACAGUAAGGAGCUCGAGUUGCUAGACUUCUUGACCUGUUACUCGAGAAUUAGAAGUCCCAGUCAGAGGGAAAUAGACCAAUGGUAUGUCCUGCUAUCGAAUCCGGACGUUCAAAUCUUGGAUCCGCUUUCCGAGUUUCGCUUUCCCUAUUCGUUUUUGCUAUUUUCUUCGGAUAUAUGGAGCAUUUUGCGAUCCGAAAUCGGCCUGGAUUGUUACACCGAUUGGCUGUGCCUUACCAACCUGUUGAAUGACUACUUGAAAAUCGAUGAUAUAUGCACGUUCGCCGUAAAACAAGAGGUACUACGAAAAACCGCAGAUUACCCGCCAUCAGAAGACUGGGUAAUGUGUCCUAAAUUGAACGAUCUGAUAGAGAAAGUGGACGAAUGUCUUCAGAAUAUGAAGAAUUUAGAAGUAGCAACAGCCACUGCUUACUUCCUAAUGAAUAGCAUUCCAAAUGGUGCAGACAAAUUAAACGCGGCGAAAUUGUGCGUGAAAUACGCCAAGCAAUAUCGAAAUCAGAAUCCCGACGAUUUCAACGCGAACGAAGCGUACGCUAAAAUCGAAAGUAAAGUCAAAUUCCUGUCGGUGUGCCGCAUUCUGACGCUGCACAAUUUAAACCGCGAGGACUAUUUGAGCCAAUACAAUCAACCUGCUAUCCUAAUUAAAAGCCUAUACGAACGAGAAAACGUCUCCAAAGCGAGCUUCGAUGAGCUAGACAUCAACGGCGCCGCUUACGAACUGGCUGAGUUCUUUAAACUCGACAUUAAAGACCUGAAAGUGCAUUUGCUGGAAUUCUGGCUGUCGCAAAACGAGCACGAUUCCGCCAACGAUUCCUCUGGGCAACUCAUCAGCGAUGAGGAUUAUUUAACGAAGGCCAAAUACCUUUGCAGGGAUGGCGACCAGGACUAUUGGGAGUUGCAUUUGCUCAAUAUCGUAUUGAACGAGAGCGGGCAGAAUUGGCACUUGCGCGAGUCGUUGAAAGUGAACGCUGCUAAGUGUUUCUACGGGAUAAUGAACGAGGAAAGGAUCGUCGAAAUAACCAAAUCGACUUUGCAAGAGUUUCGCGAUUUCAUAAACAAACUGGAGUUGUUACGUGAUUUGAAGUUAAUUGGCAUAACGUUAGAUAUGGAUGGUUUGAAGAAUACCAAUAAAAGGGAUUUGAUUAAAAAAUUGUCUCACAUGGGCACCCAUUUGGCUAUUAAAUGUAUGGGUUCCAUUUGUGUUAUAUACAAUAUAGAAAAAUCGAAAUACUGGGAGUAUAUUAUUAAUAGUUGCAUCCGACUGGAAAAGAUUUCCGAGUUCAAAACGUACGUUCGUUUCUUAAGAAAUCACUUGGAUAAAUCGUUCUACCUGAAAGCAUGGCAAGUGAUAGUUGAUGAGGCUUUUAAAAAAAUAAAAACUAUGGAUGGGGAGCAAUUGGAAAGCAGUUUGGUCGAUAUUUUCCGUAUGAUUCAGUCGUGUCCUGUAGCGUUUAAUCUCAAUUUUGAAAAAUGCGUUAAAGUAUGUUUAGAAAUAAGAAAAGAGGAAUAUGUUAAGCAACUAUUACGAUAUAUUCCAGAUGAUAGCAAAACGCGCUUGACUCAGCUUCUGGAGAACAAUGUGACAAAUAAACAAAUGAUAAUAAAUUAG